AUGAAGAAAAAGUCUCGUGCGGAGAAAGCCCCCCCUCCUAUCGCUACGGAGUACGGCGUACGGAGUGUGGACUAUCCCUACCUAAAUUCUCCGACGUGCGUCUGCGUGACCAACAAAGGGCUUGUCGUACCAGCAUGCCAAUCGGGCAUCUCGUGCGUCCUCAUCGCGGCUCUCGUCUGGAGCGACAUCGGCUCUGAGCACCCGGCAACGUGCCAUGAGGUCAUCUUGAGGCACACACGACUGUUUCGCUCCUCGGCCGCCCUGAGAAUGCGCUGGCAGCAGGUUGAGGUGGUCAGUGAGUCAGUCAGUCAGGCUGUGAGAGAGCGUGAGCAAGGAAGAAGGAAGCAAGCCCCCUUCAAUCUAGAUGGCAUCAUGCUCGGCUCCGCCUGGGUCUUGUGUUCAAGAUUCGGAUCAAGCCCGAGGGUCAUCGUUGCAACUCCCAAAAAGAAGGCUUUGUGUCGCCGCCGCCGCCCCGGCUGGCUGCAUUUCUUUCCCAAAGAGCGGUGCUGUGUUGCGCCCGCAACCCAUGGAGUUUUCAGCUCUCCUAGAAGCAAGCAAGCAACAACAGCAAGGGGAGGAGGUGGCUUCCUAUUGCGGUCUCUUGCAGAUGCAAAACUACCUCGCGCCCGUCUGAUUGGGCUCAACAUGGAUAAGGCGUUCCAUCAAGCUUGCCUGGCAACAACAACACGACAAUACUUUGUAACUAGUCUACUCCGUACAAGUCGGCCGGCGCGGGCGUCCGUCCCAACGGGAAUACUGAAUACUGACGUCUUCCCCACUGACUGCCCUGUGCCGCCGGGGUCAAGGUUUCCAACGCCAAGCAAAAGGCAAGAAACAAGUCCAAGGCAAGAAGAAAAAGCUGCCGAUCCCAAAAACAAGGGGACUUUGCGCCCUUCCACGUGUUGCCCGUGUUACACGGCCGGAGCCAAACCCAGCCCUAGCGUCAGAGGGCCGCUGCCCCUUCCUUCACCGGGCCAUGUGUGUGCUUUGACAUAA